CCCUUCUCACAACCUUAUUUUUCCUUAGUUUUUUAGGGGCUUCGGAGUUUGGCGAAGCCCCCACGUUUCAGCCAUUUUCCCACCCGUUUUUGUCUUCUUCGGUCUCUAAAGGGUUGGCGUUGAAUUGAAAAACCCUUUUGGACCCAAAUUCUAUUGCUCUUCUUCUUCUUCUUCUUCAAUCUCUUCCUACUUGACUCCUUCUUUUACAUCUCCACUCCCUUCUGAAUUUCUGGGUUCUUUCGUUUUUUUCUACGUUUACUUCUUAUGGUGCAGCAUUCUAUGAAAUGACAAGAAGCUGCUAACGUUUGAUGAAUCGAAACCAAUGAUAGGGAGGAAGACAUCACCAGGUUUUCUGGUGCUAUUGGCUCUUGGCUUUUGUUUUGCUUCUUAUAACUUGCUUACCAUGUCUGUACGCUACAAAGCUUCGAAAGGGAGUGAGUUGUUUGAUCCAGUUGUUCGAGCACCUGGUGGAACAGAACGGGCAGGGAAAGGUAUUCAAAAAUUCCAUGUUGCUGUCACUGCAACUGCUUCUACUUACAGUCAAUGGCAGUGCCGGAUCAUGUAUUAUUGGUAUAAUAAAGUGAAGGAUAUGCCUGGAUCUGACAUGGGCGGCUUCACUAGAGUUUUGCAUUCAGGACUUCCAGAUAAUUUGAUGAAGAAGAUUCCAACUUUUAUUGUUGAUCCUUUGCCGGAAGGCUUGGAUCGGGGCUAUGUUGUUCUAAACCGACCAUGGGCUUUUGUGCAAUGGCUGGAGAAAGCAAACAUUGAAGAAAAUUAUAUACUAAUGGCAGAACCCGAUCAUAUCUUCGUUCGGCCGUUGCCGAACUUGGCUCACGGAAAGAAUCCGGUUGGAUUUCCGUUCUUCUACAUAAGGCCAACUGACCAUGAGAAGAUCCUCAGGAAAUUCUAUCCAGAGGAGAAUGGUCCAGUGACCAACAUUGACCCCAUUGGCAAUUCUCCUGUUAUCAUCGAAAAGGGGCUGCUGGAGGAGAUUGCACCAACAUGGGUGAAUGUAUCCUUGAGAAUGAAAGAUGACCCCGUUACUGAUAAGACGUUCGGUUGGGUGCUCGAGAUGUAUGCUUAUGCUGUAGCUUCUGCAUUGCACGGUGUUCGGCAUACGCUCCGCAAAGAUUUCAUGCUGCAGCCUCCUUGGGACUUAGAAGUUGGUAAGAAGUUCAUCAUCCACUAUACCUAUGGAUGCGACUACACUAUGAAGGGAGAGCUGACAUAUGGUAAGGUCGGGGAAUGGCGCUUCGACAAGAGAGCAUAUAUCAAGGGUCCUCCACCAAGAAAUCUUUCCUUACCUCCUCCGGGAGUUCCUGAAAGUGUAGUAAGGCUUGUAAAGCUGGUAAAUGAGGCAACUGCAAAUAUAGCUGGUUGGGGGGACGCAUAGAGUGGUGUGGUUGAUGGGAAGUAUACACUGUUAGGAGCAAAAGCUAUGGUGGGGUUGUGAUCAGUUUGAGAAGAGAGAAAAAUAUAGAGGGGAAUUGGAACCUAUGAAUAAUAAAUAUAUAUAUCUAUAUUUUUCAACCAAA